AUGCAAACAAGUUUCAGCAAGACCUGUGGUAAUCAUUUGAAUCAUUUGCAACAGUCUGAAAGUGUGAAAGAACAUCAAUAUGGUGCUAUAUCAGUGAUUGUCUGCUAUGCGCCAACUAAUGAGGCAACGGCUGAGACCAAAGAUCUCUUUUACAACGCACUAGAGGAUUCGUUUCGCUUCACCAGGCCCACCGACCUCAUCAUUUGCCUGGACGACUUUAACGCGGUAACGAGUGUUGACUGCCGUAUGCCUGCGGUAGUUUGCCCCUUUGGUGGCGGGUCACCAAACAACAACUCUGAUCGUUUUUUAAAAUUUUUCGCCUCCGCGAAACUGGUGAAGAAGUGUUUCGUCACUGCUUCGGAAAAUGAGCUCUCCUCGUGGAAUUCAUUUUGUGAUGCGAUGAUCAAGACGGCUAGCAGUAGUCACGUUGAAAUUUCGCGUCGAAUCAUCAUUGUCCGCGCAUGUAUGAGGUUCCUGGAUCGUGGUAUAUGGCACUCCGGCAUUUCGGUGACGACCAAAGUUCGAUUGUAUAACGCAUACAUCAUCCCCGUGCUGCUCUAUGGAUGCGAAGCGUGGUCAACUACUGGCGCUCAUUUGAAGAUGUAUAAUACUGACUAA